CUAGCACCUCCCUGAAAACUGCUGCUUCAACAUUUCAUGUCCUGCAAGCUCAGGGAGAUGACAGUGACACAGCCGCCCUCCCCUCGCAGCCGACCGAGAGGCGAAGCCCCUGUCAGCAUCACCGACAUGCCCCGGGAGGCAGGACGCUGUUAGCCGGUGGGGCUCGUCUCUCUCUCAACGAUCAUCUUCAACCUUUCACAACAUAUUCGACGACUGCGUUCAUUUAGCCACAAGCCAUGGCAUCAUCAAAUGUAACACUGGAGAAUCAGCUGCACAGUGCCCAGAAGAACCUGCUCUUCCUGCAGCAGGACCAUGCCAGCACGUUGAAGGGUCUACACACAGAGAUCCGCAGAUUGCAACAGCAAUGCACAGAUCUGACAUAUGAGCUCACUGUGAGAAGCUCUGAUUCCUCAGACAGCGGUGAGGCCCGCUGCAAGGAGCUGCAAAGGAGAUGUGAGGAGCUGGAGGUCCAGCUGAAGAAGAAGGAGGAGGAGAACACAGAGCUGCUCAGGGACCUUGAGCAGAAGAACGCUAUGAUCUCCGUCCUGGAAAACACCAUAAAGGAGAGGGAGAAGAAGUACCUGGAGGAGCUCAAGAUGAAGAGCCACAAGCUGGCUGUUCUGUCCGGGGAGCUGGAACAGAGAGCCAGCACGAUUGCUUACCUGACCUCGCAGCUUCACGCCACCAAGAAGAAGCUGUUAGCCGGCAGUUCAUCUGAGGCCAGCCCCAACGUCAGUCCAGUCACAUCUUACAAGCCCACGCCUCCACCGGCCAAAGACAGGCAGCCUGAAACCCCGCGGCGCCGCAUGAAGAAGAGCCUCUCACAGCCCCUUCACCCAGAGCUGACGGAGGUGUAUCGGCUCAGCUCAGACGGCAGGCGGAUGGUCAUGCGGGAGACGGUAGAGGCCAUGCCCGACCCCACACCCUUCCUGCAGGCCGGGAGAGACUCUCCAGAACCACAGGUGCGGGAGCGACCUGCCGUUAUCCCUCCCAUCGCCUCUGAGCGCUCCCCCCUCACUCCCCUGGGGGCUGCGUCCAGCCCUCGCCACAGCCCCGCCCGGGACCGGCAGUACAGGGCUCAUGUCGGUGUGGCGCACCGCAUCUCCCACAGCACCUCUCCCAUGGCCCCCCCGCAGGCAGAGCUGGAGACUCUGGCAGUGGACCAGGUCAAAGACGAGAAGGUCGUGAGGAAGCGCUCGGGAACCGACAGGACAGUUUAACACUGUGAAGCUAACAUGCACAGCAACACAUCUACUGUAUAACACUGCAACUGCAGGAUGGAGCCUGACCCACUGUGUAGCCUGCUUUUUACACUGCAAUAUGAAACAAACUACUCAAUUCUGUUCAUGGUAUUCCAUAAAGACUUGUUUUCUCUUAUAAUACAUUAGAAAGUGACUACUAUAAAGCAUGCCAAACGUUUCUUAUUUACAAACCAAUGAGAUAUUGUAUUAUACACAUCUUGAUUUUUUCCUUUGAUUUUCUCUUCAUUUUGUCUUAUGCGGUGCAACACAUCCUCAGCCAAAUAUCUGCAUCAGUGCCUGCUCGACCGGAUCGACCAUAGACAAGCUGUGCAGUGAAGUCAUGGCUCAUAUUUAUCUUUACAUAUCUCUGUCUGCUUCACAACAGUCUGGACAUAUCAACACACUAUAUACCCAGAUGUCUGCAGCUACGUAGGAUAGAACUGAAGUUAUUAAACUAAUACUCCCCGAAUGUCUUUCAUCUUCUUGUGAUAUCGGUGAUAUAUUACCGUUACUGUAGGUACGAGCUGCAAACAUGUGCAUUGGAGAUUUGCUGGUGAAAGAGCUGUAAUUUCACCUUUCUUUUGUUAGCCUGCAGCAGUGAUGCACAUGUGUACAUCCAGUACAAAGUGGUGAGCAUAUUUGUGUGUGUGUGUGUGUGUGUGUGUGUGUGUGUGUGUGUGUGUGUGUGUGU